AUGAAAAACAAGUACACUCCUAUUUUAGACUCUGAUGACUCUUCCAAAACGCUCAAUGAUGAAAAGGCAGAUAGUCGGUCGUCUCCUUCAGAUGGUACGCCUCCUCCGUAUUCAGUUUCAACCAAAUUUAUUGAUUUAGAAAUGGCUGAUGGAUCCGCUCAAAAUUCCGCCCAAGAUACUGUUAAUAACACCAGCUAUUUAUAUAAUACUGUUUUUCUAGCCAUAGUUUUUGGUUACAAGGUUUCUCCGUAUACGAAUGUUUUUUACGGGCUUGCUGGCGGUUCUAUUGGAUCCAUUUUUAUUUUCCUAUUCACGAUUCUUGUAACAUAUCCGGAAUGGUACAGGCAAACUGGAAGAUUAACCAAAAACGUAUUGUCAGCUAUGUGUAUCUCAGUAUUAUGUGUGUGUUUUCUCGAUGUCCUCGGUUUCACCGCGUAUUAUGCUGCAAAGAAGUUAACAGGAUUUGAAAAGAUAAACACUCCUUUUUCCUAUUUUGUUUGUGUUGUAAAUAUUUUCUUUUUUAUUAUUCUAGUGAAUGCAAAUGCGCGUGAACUACUAAGAUUAGUUAUCGUCGAUCUGAGAAACGGCAUAGGCGUCGGCGUAAACGGAAUAGGAAAUGCCAUAGGAAACGCUGUGGAUCGUAUUUUAGGUAUGUACACUUCGUAA